UAGAAAUUGCGUGGCCCAAACGGAUUUCCGACCCGGGUAUUUUCCGCAGCGCGGUUAAAAUGGAAAAAGUGACCACAGCAAGGAACCAACAAAAGCGGGAAACUUCGAAUUAGGAAAAACCACCACGCCACCGGGCCGCCCUUGCAUAAAUGCAGUCUGUAUCAUAAAUUUAGGGUUCAGAAAAAGAUAUUCCAAGCGCUCGAAGAUUCCACGCAGUGUGGUGGUGCACCUCCGAGACGCCAUGGAAGAUGUCAGGGAGAGCUCGGCGUGGGUCGCCAGCCACUCCUCCCACGUGCUCGUCGACUCCGCUGGGAUUGAGAAAGUCGUUGACAGUAUUGGCACUAUCCCGAAAGUGGAAUGGGAUUUCGAAGGGAUUCACUACUUUGACUAUGGCCCGACCACGGUUCAGUACCUGUUUGUUCUGGAUGCUUUGAAUUUCUGCUUUUGGCCUGAUAAGGAUUUAAGUUAUGAUCAUUUGGCAUCCGGGCUAAAGGCAGCUUUACAGAAUGACAAAUCUGUGUUUGAUGCUGAUCGUCUGCAAAAGAUCACCGGUCCUCAAUUACGUGAGCUGUUGAGAUGGCCUAGACCACUUCCUUUGGAGGAUGAACGUGUUCGGUUACUGCAUGAGGUUGGAUUUGAAUUGGAAAGAAGCUUUGACGGCAAAGCAUCCAACCUGGUGAAGUCCUGUGGAAAAUCGGCUGUGAAGCUUGUGGCUCUUGUUGCCCGUCACUUUCCUGGCUUUCGAGACCACUCAGUUUACAAAGGCCACCAGGUAUUCUUGUAUAAAAGAGCUCAGAUAUUUAUAGCAGACUUAUGGGGUGCAUUCAAAGGCCAGUCAUAUGGAGAAUUCAAUGACAUUGGUUCAAUCACUAUAAUGGCGGACUAUAUUGUUCCAGCAGUGCUUCGACAGCUCGGUGUCUUAAGAUAUAGUUCAACCCUUGCCAGCACCAUUGAAGCCAAUAGUGAAAUAGGUCCAGGCAGUGAGGAGGAAGUUGAACUACGAGCUUGCUCUGUACAUGCUGUGGAGAAAAUGAGGGAGUUGAUCAGUAUGAAAUUAGGCAAGCCGGUGCUGAGCGUGGAGUUAGACCUGUGGCUCUGGGCUUCUGGAAUUCAAUGUUCAUCUCUGCAACACCAUCGGACGCUCUCAAUAUAUUAUUGAGUACAUCAUACACCAUGGUGGGGUUCUUCUAGAUUUAGUUGAAUUUGGAAUUGAAGUUAUAGGUAAUAUCUCUGGACAAGUGUGACAACUGAUCCAUAACACACUUUUUGAACUUCUUCCUGGAGUCUUACAGCUUAUGGAGGAUACAACUUUGAUAGCUAAUUUUUCUGUUAAUUUGAUAUAAAUGUGCCUUCAAGUUCGAACAAA